AUGCCGGUUAUGGACGCGCGGAUGAGGCUGAUAAUUCAGGCAGCAACACUGAUAAGUGUGAUUCAGGCAUGGGUCAUGUUCAUGCACCAGAGAGCUGUUCGUUGUGCUGGGAGAUCUUUGAUCCGCUAUGGUCCAAUGCUUGUUGAGACCUUCAGGAGCAGGGGGCUGCUACAAGAUAACAUCAACACCAUUGUGGAAGAGCAAGUGGCCAUGUUCCUCCAUGUUGUUGGCCAUGACCAGAGGUUCAGGGUCAUUCACAACAUGUUCAGGAGAUCAAUGGAGACCAUCUCUAGGUACUUCAAGCAGGUGCUUUUUGCUGUUGGGGAGCUUAGAGGAGAGACGAUCAGGAGACCAUCUGGCCAGACUCCACCCAAGAUUCGCGGAAGCCCAAGAUGGUAUCCAUACUUCAAGGAUUGCAUUGGGGCAAUAGAUGGUACUCAUGUCACUGCCAGAGUUCCUAGGUCACAGUCUGCAGCAUACAGGGGGAGGAAAAACUACACAAGUAAGAAUGUGCUUGCUGCUGUUGAGUUUGAUCUGAAGUUCACAUAUGUGCUGGCUGGCUGGGAGGGGUCAACGCAUGAUGCUAACAUUCUUAGUGACAGUAUGAGUCGACCUGAUGGGAUCAACAUCCCCGACGACAAGUUCUACCUUGGAGAUGCUGGCUAUGCAUGUCGGCCAGGUAUUCUUUCACCUUUCAGGAAAACCAGGUACCAUCUCAACGAGUUCUCUGGUAGGAACUAUCCUAGGACUGCACAGGAGCUGUUUAAUCUCAGACACUCCAGCCUUAGAGUAACUGUUGGGAGGGCAUUUGGAGCUCUAAAGAAUAGGUUUAAGAUCCUAGAUCAGAAGCCAUUCCACCCAUACUCCACUCAGGUUAAGCUUGUUAUCGCUUGUUGCAUUCUGCAUAACUGGAUCCUCCAGUGA